AUGCAGGUCACUGAGUUCGUCUGCACCUCCCUCUCCCUCUCUCAAAACUCUGUCUCUCUCUGUCUCUCUCUCUGUCUCUCUGUCUCUCUGUCUCUCUCUCGUCUCUGUCUCUCUGUCUCUCUCUCUCUCUGUCUCUCUGUCUCUCUGUCUCUCUGUCUCUCUGUCUCUCUGUCUCUCUGUCUCUGUCUCUCUCUCUCUGUCUCUCUCUCUGUCUCUCUCUCUGUCUCUCUCUCUCUCUCUCUCUCUCUCUCUCUCUCUCUCUCUCUUCUCUUCUCGCUCUCUCUCUUCUCUCUCUCUCUUUUCGGCGCGCGAACUGCAAGCCGUGUCAAGCAGAUUACGUUCCGCCUUCUCCCCUGCAAUUUGCUUCCCGUGUGUGCCGGCACGCCCCGUGACCGGGGCGAGGAGGGUCAUGGCGGGCGUGGUCUCAGGGCCUUUGGCGACUGCCAGCCCACAGCCGAGUCCCAGCUCAAGCCCAAGCCCAAGCCACCGCAGCUCAAACAAGACGCUGAUGGCCCCAGUGCCGGCACCCCCAACGCCACAACUCCACCGGCCACGACCAUGAGCGACCACACGGAAAGCAUGAGCACCACUCCCGGCCCCGAACACACGGGCUCUGACCCAGUCAAGGCACCCGGUCCCGCAAGCGCACAGGCAGCCGGCCACCCCACGCCGGCGCGUAAUGCUUCCAACACAACGCAGCCUCUGGCGCCAGCCCAUUCCACGCAAGCUCCCGACCAUUCGGAUGAGGAUCCAGGCACCCAAGGCACCCAGCCUUUGCAACAACAUGGUGCAUGCCUCACAUCAGAGCCGUGCGCCAUGCCGCAGCCACAAACCCAGGCAGCAGCGUCAAUCGCAGCCACCAGCAAUGAUCACUCAACAGACCAACCUGUGCGUCCUUUUUGUAGCUCGAUUCCCAGCCCCUGUUUGCCUGCCACCCAGGUCUCACCACAACCCGUGCUGGUGUCCCUCAUCAUGUCGCAGAUCAUGUCCAAGCGUAACCUCAACACGCUAACUACACUACUCAGUCGCAACGAACAAUUCCAGCAACACCUUCUUCAUAUCGCCCGUGGCCUACCAGAUGUACCCCACCAAGUCUGUACCCGGAGCAAAUACAUGAGUCGCACAGGAGGCUCGGCACCCCACUCCCAACCGCUGCCCAUCAACAGCACCCUGGCCCAGCUCGCCAGUCUUGCCGAUGACGAUGUGGAAGAUGAAAGCGAUGAUGCAUUUGAGGUGGAUGAAGAUUGGGAUCAAGACGACGAAGACGAUGAAGACGAUGAAGACGAUGAAGACGAUGACGAAGACGAUGACGAUGACGACGAGGCUCAAGACGACCAAGAUGGUGAUGAUGAUGACGUUGAUGAAGAACGCGACGCAAGGAAGGGCCAUGUGCAAAAGGGCAGCAAAGACGCUGACCGUGGCAAUGCCAGCUAUCCUGAUGAGGUUGAUGCAAAGUCCGGGCCAGGCGAUGCCAAUGUGGCCCAUGACACCAGCCGCGAGGGGCAUUCUGCCCCCGAAUCGCAGGUGGCGGGCCGUCAGCAAAACAUCGCCUCGACUCACCAUGAGAACACCCAAGCAUCAAAGGCCGCGGUAGCCUCUGACACAGGUCGACGCGCUGCUGAAAACACAUUAGCGCGCAACUCCCGUGUCAGCACAGCGAGCUCUGAGAGCCGCGAGGCUAUCCCCCUGUCCACGGCGAAUAGCUUCGUGGCGCCUGCCACGAUCGCGGCUGAGAAGCGCACCGAAGAUGUUGUCAAUGCCGUUCUCUCGCGCUACGAUAAUGGUCAGGGUGGCCUGAUGAAUCUCGAGCUGGAUGACGAACUUGAUGACGACGAUGAAGACUUUGACCCAACACGUGUGUCUUCAGAUGUGACGAGUGAUAGCGAGUUCGAAAGUCACACAGGCUCCCAAGGGUCUCGGGCGAUUUCCAUGGCCGAAGAAGGAGGGGAUGGCGAGAACCAGCCAGAAACCACGGAUGAUGAUGACAAUGAUGAUGAAGACGAUGAGGAUGAGGAUGAGGAGGAUGAGGAGGAGGAAGACGAUGGCAUUGCGUACUUGCGACAGCACCCUGUCAUGACAGUACCCGUGCCGCCUACGCAGGCUGCGCUCAAAGACAAUGCCGUUGAGCAACCACACCAGCAGGCCUCGUCUGGACAGCGUCAGGGUGAACAGCAAAAUCAGCAGGCAGCGUUGGAGCAGCAACACCGAGAGCAACAAGCUGUCAUUCAGAAGCAAGAGGCCAUCAUCCGUGAACAACGAGCGUCUUUGGAACAACAGCAACAGCAGCAACAUCGUCAACAACAGGAAAUGCAACUGGCCUUGGAUGAUGCUCGCGCUGAGGCUGAGCGAUCGCGCUGCGCCAAAACCAUGACCCUGGCAUCAGACAACCACUUGGCAUACCCGUUUCCUGACCACACCUCUACCCCUGAUAAUGUGUCACUACGCACCCGCUCGCAACUCAACCUGACAGAUGUUCCCUUGACGGAAUUUGAAAAGGUGCUGGGACCUGGUCCUCUCCCGCAGAGCCUCCUUGAAGGACUGCUGGAGCCCGACCAGCUGUAUCAAAAUCUCACUUCCGGCGCUGAUCUACCAGACGAUGAUGAAGAUUUCAAUGCCAUGCAAGAGCUGCAGCGCGGUGGCCUGGGCCGGGAAUCACGACACACGGUCUCUCGCAAAGAGCAGCGCUCACUUGCACGUGAUAGCCUCAACAUGUUCACCGUCAACAACUGGGACCUGGGUCUUCUAGGUUUGGAGAUGGGGUUAGAGAACGUGGAAGACUUGGACAAUAGUCCGUGCCCGCCGAGCACGGCUAGCGCCGCGCCGCGCACGGGUCCACGAAGCCAACGUCACCACCGGGACAGACCACCGGCCCUGCGCGCGCCCAAUAUAAACGUAUUGGUUGAGGAGCAUCGAGAUGCUCUCAAACGGACACAAUAUCAUGGCCCGAUGGGGCAAAGUGCUGUGAGCAGCGAGCAGCUGCGCCAACUCAAAGCCCAACUCGAAGCUACUCUCAUGCUCAUCAUCCAGCAAUGUGCCCUGUGUGCCAGCAUCCAUGGCCACCGUCAGCAGCCCCAACUAGAUGCUGCAGCUGGCCUACUCGCGCGGCUUGCCUCGACCUUCCAUCAAGCCCCACCAACGUUGGUGCAGCUUGGUCGCAGCCUUUUUAGUAUUCCCGCCUUGCAAGCUGUACCACGUGUUGCCGUGUUAAUGCCGGACGUCCAAGCCUGUGGUGAGGUAGCGCGCGAGUUGAGCCGCCGCCGUAUCGUUCAAGAUCGUUUGGUCACGACCGUUAUGGUCGAGCUCGAGGGCCUCCUCAACUUCCCAGAGUUGAUGUACCGCCGUCGCCGCCUUGCACAUCAAAGCACCCGUCGCAUGCCUCCGGAAGAGCUUUUGCUUUUCACCAUCCAGCUUAUCCAAAACAACGGCGAUUGCCAGGCUGCCUUACGUGGGUGUCAGCGUGCGCGAGAUCUCAAGGACGUAACACGCAGCACACUCCGUGCGGGGCCUCGGCGCCCAGGUCUGGAUGUGUGCAUCUAUGACCCCCUCCAUGCCGCGUUAAAAGGUACACCUUACGCAGAGUGGCUCAGUCAGUACCUACAUGGCUUUGAGUCGGACCGUCAAGAUCACGAAUACGUCAAUUACAAAACACAACUGGAACCGUUUACUAAACAGCAGCUAAAGCAACGCCAACUUUUUGGACCUGCUGAGGAUCGUGCUGCACAGGCUCUGCGCCAGAGCUUUUUGGAGCGUCAGCAGCGCACCUCGAACCAACCCCUGAGCGUGCCAUCGCCUCGCCCUGGCCACCGCAGAUCUUCAAACACAGCAUCCCCUUCUCCAACCAGCCGCGUUACCCCAUCGCGCCCGGCUUCUGUCAUUGCUCACCAAGCGCCGCGUGCGAUGGUUGACGCUCAUUUGGUUGCAACAGAGGCAUCACGGGUUGACAAAAGGCGGCAUAGCUCCGCUUUGCCUCCGCCAGCCAAGCACGCGGCUUUGUCCGCCGCUAGCCACGAACCGGCCCUGCCUGAUCAGUUGCCCCCGCUUUUCGAUGCGGAACCCAGCUUUGGGUUGACAACACCACCGCACCGCCCAGCCGUCCCUCGUCGACAUGCAACAUCUGACCCUUUGCCCCGACGUCAAGCCACCAGCUUUGCAAGUGGCCUGCGCCCCAUGAGUCCAGAGCCCACAAGUGACACACUUCAGCUGCGAUUUGAGCCCUCCACGCCAAAGUCACAUCGCCCUACUUCGCCCGUCGAACAUCCAUCGCCAGCCUUCCAUGUGGUUGAUGAGUCCUCGCCCGUGUCCAACAAGUCGCCUCCCCUGGCCGAACCGGCACAGCGAUUGCAGCCAAGGGCUCUGAAAGCGCGCUUGGACGAGGCUUCCACGCUCAACGCCUCGCUUUACCCACGACCACUUCCCGGAACUGGAGGAACCGGCUCAAACUUUGAUGCUAGUAUUGACAUGACGGGCGCUGAAUCGCUCAUGGCCCUUGCGGCAGGUGGUCUGAAACAUCACGAUCGGGAAUUGUUUGCAGCAGGAAGCCACAAGCAUGUCGAACAUACGAUUGACCGCUACUUUGCCCACAUUGGAGCUGAUGGAGAGGAGGAGAAGGCUAGCCGGUUUGCAUCGAGUCGCGAUCCGGGUUCCUCGGCAGCACUAGUCGCGGCGUCUGCCUCAAGUGAAGCCACGGCCAGCUGGCCAUUGACCUCGGAGGUGGGGGCAACGAGCCCGCCGCGGCCCCGCCAGCCCAAACGUCGUUUGGAACCCACCCUCAUCUCUUCCUCCCACCCCGCUACCAAUAUGCCUUCAGCCAGCUUCAGUCGAGAGGCCAAUCGCGUUUUGCUGGAGCACAUUCAGCAGGCAGGCGAGCGCUCUAGAAGCCGCCAAGUGCUCGAGCAAUUGUUUCACAGGCACCCCGUGCUCAAUGCGCAUACGCUGGACGAGGUCAUGCAACAAGUGCAGUGUCGUUUGAACAAAGAGGUGGCCCGUCAACGUCAACAAAAUUCUAAACUGAGAGGAGCAUGCUCCGGCGAUAUUGACAAACUCAACAGAAGCAAAAAGGGCAUAAAGGCGUAA